AUGACAACCACCAAUCCUCACGUGUUCUUUGACGUGACGUUUGGAGGCGAGGCGCCUGCCAGCCGGGCGGGACAAAACCGGAUCGUGUUCGAGUUGUUUGCAGACAAGGUUCCCAAGACUGCAGAAAACUUUAGAGCGCUGGCUACAGGAGAGAAGGGCGAUGGUCUGCACUAUAAGGCUUCCACCUUUCAUCGUAUCAAGCAAUUCAUGAUCCAAGGAGGCGACUUUACAAAUCACAACGGGACCGGAGGCAAGAGCAUAUACGGGGAAAAGUUCGAGGAUGAAAACUUUGAUUUGAAGCAUUCAGAACCAUUUCUUCUCUCCAUGGCAAACGCAGGGCCCGGCACCAAUGGAUCUCAAUUCUUCAUCACCACUGUGCCCACCCCGCACCUCGAUGGAAAGCACGUCGUCUUUGGCAAGGUGAUUGCCGGCAAAGCCGUCGUGCGUCGCAUGGAGGCCGUAGAGACCGAAGCGCAGGACAAGCCAAAGGAGCCGGUCACCAUCGCCGAUUGCGGUGUCAUCGAAACGGGCGCGCCUUGGGGCAUCGAGCCGGACGGCGAGGACAAGUAUGAAGAUUGGCCAGAAGACGCUGGGGAGGAAAUCGAAAAGGAUCCGAAAGCAGCUCUCCGCGUGGCGACGGAAUUGCGCGCUCUGGGCAACGCCAGGUUCGGCAAAGGCGAAUUUGCAGGCGCAUUAGAGAAGUGGCAGAAGGCCAUUCGAUACCUCAACGUGCACCCUGUCCUACCAGAACCGCACAGCGAGGACAAGGCGUUGGUGGAGGAGUACGCUACGCUCAGGAAUGCUCUCUCGCUCAACAGCGCUCUGUGCGCGCUCAAACUCACUCCGCCGAAUGGAAAGGUCGCUGUCAAUGAGACCCAAAACGUCAUUGCUAGGAUCGGCGGCGAGAACUGGUCCGAUGACUAUCCUCCUCGAGUCAAGUCGGACCUGGCAAAGGCCUACUACAGGCGUGCGCUCGGCCAAGUGGCUCUCAAAAAUGAAGACGCAGCUUUGGCAGAUCUGGAGACGACGCUGCACUUUGCGCCUGGCGAUGCGGGAGCGUUGCGCGAGAAGCAAGCAAUCCAUGCUCGUAGGGCGGCUAAGAGGGAACAGCAAAAAGCUGCGUAUGGCAAGUUCUUUGGCGGGAGCAAGAGUGCCGCUGCAAAGUCAGCCGAAUAA